AUGGCAAUUCCUAUCAAGAAUAACGCCAGCAGCUUCUUCUUCAUAUUGAUGGAUCUCCCAGGACUAGAGGCUUCUCAUUGCUGGACAGCUAUUCCUAUCUGCUCUAUCUAUGUUCUCUCUUUGCUGGGCAACAUCACCAUAAUGUACGUUGUCAAGUCUGUGCCCAGCCUCCACACACCCAUGUACCUCUUCCUUUCCAUGCUUUCAAUGGCUGACCUGGGUCUCUCCGCUUCUACACUGCCUUCAAUGACAGCUGUCUUUCUCCUGGGCCAGAGGAAGGUGGGAGCUACAACCUGCUUUAUGCAACUCUUCUUCAUCCACACUUUCUCGGUCAUUGAAUCAGCUGUGCUGUUGGCUAUGGCUUUUGACCGCUGUGUGGCUAUCCGAGAGCCCUUACGCUAUGCCACCAUUCUCACAACCAAGCGCAUUGGAGCCAUUGGGCUGGCUAUUGUGACCCGUAGCGUUGCCCUUCAUCUGCCCCUGCCUGUGCUCCUUGGAAGACUGCAAUUCCAGCCUGUAAAUGCUCUGUGUCAUUCCUAUUGUGUUCAUCCUGAUGUUCUAAGGCUGGCCAGUUCCAGCACUCUUGUGAACAGUGGCUUCGGGCUCUUCAUCAUGCUCUCUACAUUGGGGAUGGACACUGUACUCAUUCUCCUCUCCUAUGUGCUAAUCUUGAAGACAGUGUUGAGCAUUGCAUCCAAUGCUGAGAAGCUCAAACCCUUCAACACCUGCAUUUCCCACAUCUGUGCUGUACUACUAUUUUAUACCCCACUAGUCAGCCUGUCCAUGAUUCAUCGCUUUAGGAAAAAGAACUUACCAGCUCAGGUAUACAUGCUUCUCUCCUAUCUGCACUUUCUAGUACCUCCAAUGCUCAACCCAAUUGUAUACAGUGUCAAAACCAAACACCUUAGGGGAUGCAUUCUGAAGAUACUUCACCCCAAAAAGCUCUGA